GAAGGGAAGGCAAAGCUGAUUUGACAAGUUGAACAAGGAAGUUGCUCCAAGCAGAAAACCGGUCUGGUUGCUCGUGGUUUUUAAAACACGUUUGACUUGCAAAGGGACGAGAAGUGGGGAAGAGCAGUCCUGUUUUCAGCGCUGAGCUCCUGGGGCGGUAAAAGAAAAAAAAAAAAGUAAAGAGGAAAAAUGAGAAAACUUUUAGCCCUGCUUUUACUUCUUGUCUUCCUCAGUCUGGCAGUUGUUUCUUUGUUUCUGUACGGGAAGGGCUCUCAGAGCUUUGCYGCCUCCCCACAUUCUGUGGAACAUCUGAAGAUCAGCUUCUGGGAGGCUGAGGAGGUCAGACCGAGCCAAAGRACCAGCGCGACGAAAUUCACCUGGAAGAAAACGGCCUCUUUAAAGGCCAGCGUGACCUCGAAGAAAGAGGUGAYGUCAGAGGCUUUGAAGAAGACUGAGGGGUGUCCAGAGACGCCCCCCGAUCUUGUAGGCCCCCUCCUCGUGGAGUUCAGCAAGCGGACUCUGGAGGAGGUCAGACAGAAGAUCGGUCCUCCUCUUCAGCAGGGAGGACGAUACAAGCCUGCAGAUUGUAUCUCACAACACAAGGUGGCAGUCAUCAUCCCGUUUCGAAAUCGUCAUGAGCACCUGAUACACUGGCUUUUCUACCUGCAUCCCAUCCUGAUCCGACAGCAGUUGGAUUAUGGCGUAUACGUCAUCAACCAGGAUGGGGACGGGGUGUUCAACCGGGCCAAGCUGAUGAACGUCGGCUACAUGGAAGCCCAGAAGGACUAUGACUACGAGUGCUUCGUUUUCUCUGACAUAGACCUGGUACCCCUCGACGACCGCAACCUCUACAGAUGCUUCAACCAACCGAGACACUUGGCCGUGGGCAUGGACAAAUUUAACUUCCACCUACCCUACACGACCUUCUUCGGCGGGGUCUCGUCGCUGUCCAAAGAGCAGUUUGUGAAGAUCAACGGCUUCCCGAACUCCUACUGGGGCUGGGGCGGCGAGGACGACGACAUUUACCGGCGGAUCGUCUACGCCGGGAUGCAGGUGUCUCGACCGGAUUUGAAAACUGGAAAAUACAAGAUGAUCAAGCACCAAAGAGACCUGCACAACGAGCCGAAUCCAAAGAAUCCCGACAAGCUCGGCCACACUAAGCGGACUAUGAAAGAAGACGGGAUUAAUUCCCUUAAAUACACAGUAAAGGAAAUUGUCAAAGAUAAAUUGUACACUUUUAUCACUGUGGAUAUUCAGGCUCCAGCAAGCUGAAUGGGCGGUGGACAAAGUGAACCUGAAACUGGGGCUGAUUGAGAUUUCACUGGAAUUUUUAGGCUCAUAGUCUAAAAAAAACAAAGUUAGUGUUACUUAAAACUGUUCUGUUGUGUUUUUGUUUUAUUUAAAUGCACAUGAAUCUGGUGUGACUGUUUUAUUUAGUUGCCUGGUUUGAUGAGAGUGAAUAUUUAAGCCAUAUCUGUGUGUGUGUGUGUGCCCAGGUGGCCUCAUGCUUUAGACCUUUAUGAGUGUAAUUUUCUCCAGUUCUUCGCAGCCACGGUGUCAGAGUGAAAUGUUCUGCUUUUGUUUUGCAAACGUGUGCACAACUGUUAAAAGUAUAUGAUGCAGUAAAUGGUUACUUAUUUCUUUUAAUCAGAUAAAAACAUUUCAAAACUCUUUUUUUCUGAUAAAUUAGGGAGUUAAAAAUCUGAUUUAUUGAAAACAAAAGUAGCCAGCAUUAGCCCAGCUUUGACUCUGAAGUUUUAUAAUAAGCCUGUCUGUGCUUAUUAUAAAACUUAAACCAACAGAAGGUUGUUUAGUGAUGGUUUGAUAAAAAAAAAAAUACGCUUCAUGUUUUUACUGUGAUCUCUUGUCCUCUGGCUACAUGUACACAAUAUUUAUCACUAAUAGAAUCACUUUCUGGGAUGUUUUUAAAAUAAUUUUCCAGAUAAGUUUAGAACAAAACUUGAAGCACUUAUUCACUUGUUUUUGGUGCCUUUUUGACAGGUAGUUUUACAGAUUUCUCUGCACAAUACAGACUGCUGUUAGCUGCUUUGUGAGCAGCAACAGUAGCACUUAUAUUUAUAUUUAUUAUGUCUAACUGAGAAGAACUUUAAUGUGUCCUCAGGUCCAGUGCUGUGCUUUCCUGUGUUUGAGAAUUCUCUGAAAAAGUAACCUUCACUAAGAACGUAUGUUGAAAUAGUUUAGACAAUCAUUAACAACAUGAGCGUCAUCUUAAGCUGCUUGGAAUUUUCCUUCGUCUUUAUAGUUUUGCAUUAUCAUGAGCUUUUUAUAGCUGGAAUUAAAAAUCUGCUUCUGUUAUCAAGAAAAACCAAAAAGGUUUCAGGUAAAGAGUUGACUUUGAUUUGUGAAAUAUCUCUAAAACAUGAAACUGAAAUCCCUUUUCAAGUCUUGAUGUGCUUUAAAUAAAGAAGUUUAGCUCCAGUUAACCGGAUCCUGCUCAGUUCAAUUCCCUAGAACAAGAGAAGGCGUGAACAUUUGGUCUAUCAUAUCAUAUCAGUCUUUUGUUUCAACUUUGACAUCUUUCGUCAGUCACUGGCUUUCACGCGAAAAACCCUUUUGUUAUGUGGGAAUGUAAAUUUAUUUUUCUGUUUCUGGAAACUGGUUGUGCUGGUUUUACUUUGUUCUGAUAUUUCAUGUUUCUUUACUUCGACGCUAACAGGGCUUUAAACUACAUGCUGCUCCAUUUCUAUGCUGAUGGUGAAAGAAAUAACCAUUUGACCUGAAACUAYUGUCCUUCAGCAAAACAACAAUAUUAAUAAUGAACUUGUCCAGAUGUUUGUAAUAAAGGAUCUUUGUAGAGUA